GGCGCAGUGACUGGGAGCGAUUAGAGCAUGCGCGGUGUCAGCCUGGGCAAAGUCAGAGUUGGAUUACGGGGAAAGCAGCAAAGGAUAAAAGACACGGAGUGACUGAGGGAAUGAAGAGAAACGGAGCCGGUGGAGGAGAGGGAAGCCUUCAUAGACACUUGGUAUACUGCCAGCCCUGCUGGGUUUCGAAAGGAUCCUCUAUGCUUUGUUUCAGAACAAAUAUGAGUUGGACAAAGAAGUUGGAAUUACAGGAUUACAGUUUCACAGGGUAUUAGAAGGGAAGGAUUUGCUGCCAAGAAACUGAAACCAAACAUCCCAUCAGGAUCUGACACUUUCCCCAUUUAACAUAACCUGAAGAGCAUCAGAUUUUGAUCAUGGAAGCAAAAGGAUUCCAUACACACUGAGCAGAAUCUGUACGUGUCCUGUUUGUGGACAAGGAUUCAGCUGAUCAUCUGGCCUGUGGAGGCAUAAACACAUUCACACUGGGGAGAAGCCAUGGAAAUGUGGAGAGUGUGGGAUUGGAUUCAUAUUCCCAUCUGAGCUGGAAGCACAUCAGCGUAGUCACACUGAGGAGGGACUGUUCAACUGCUCCACGUGUGGGAAGGGAUGCAACAUUUCUUGCACCAUGCUGACACACCAGCAGGGUCACGCUGACAAGAGAUCUUUUAAAUGCUUGAAUUGUGGGAACUGCUGUAAAAGUUCAGAGGAACUGCUGUCCCACCAACAUGUUCACACUGAUGAGAGACCAUUUAAGUGCUCAGAUUGUGGGAACUGCUAUGAAAGUUCAGGGGAACAGCUGUCCCACCAAUGCAUUCACACAGAUGACAAACCAUUCAGGUGCUCUCACUGCGAGAAAGGGUUUAGGUGUUCAUCGAAGCUCACUGUUCACCAGCGACUUCACACUGGAGAGAGACCGUUCACCUGCCCUGAGUGUGGAAAAGGAUUCACCCAGUCAUUCAGGCUGCUGAGACACCAGCGGAUUCACUCUGAGGAGAAACCGUUUCAAUGUCCAGACUGUGGACAGUGCUAUAGAAGCUCCGAGGAACUGGUAUCCCACCAAUAUGUUCACACCAAUGAGAGACCCUUCAGAUGCUCUCACUGUGGGACUGGGUUCAAACGAGGAACUGACCUGACUAAACACCAACGAGUUCACACUGGGGAGAAGCCAUUCCGCUGUUCAGAGUGUGGGAAGGGUUUUAUUAGAUCAUCCCAACUGUUGACACAUCAGCAAGUUCACACUGGGGAGAAACCGUUUAAAUGUGCAGACUGUGGGAAAUGCUGUAAAACUUCUGGUGAACUGAUUUCCCAUCAAAUUCUUCACACUGACGAGAAACCAUUCAAGUGCUCUCACUGUGGGUCUCAUUUCAGGCGAUCAUUUGAACUCACUGUACAUCAGCGAGUUCACACUGGGGAGAGGCCAUUCACCUGCUCUGAGUGCGGGAAGGGAUUCACUCAGUCAUCCAAACUGGCGAAACAUCAGCGAUUUCACACGGGGGAGAAGCCAUUCAGAUGUUCUGAAUGUGGGAUGGCAUUCUCAGAGUCAUCCAAGCUGGUGAAACAUCAGCGAUUUCACACUGGAGACAGGCCAUUCAGAUGUUGUGAGUGUGGGAAAGGAUUCACUGACUCAUCUGACCUGCAGAAACAUAAGCGAAUCCAUACGGGGGAGAGGCCAUUCACUUGCGCUAAAUGUGGGAAGGGAUUCAUUGAUAGUUCUCAUCUGCUGAGACACCAGCGGGCUCACACUGAUGAGAGACCCUUUCAAUGCCCAGAGUGUGGGAAAUGGUAUAAAAGUUCUGAGGAUUUGAUCCGUCAUCAACGUGCUCAUAGUGACGAGAGACCAUUCAAGUGCUCUCACUGCAGUGCUGGCUUCAAGACAUCGUCUGAACUUGUUAGACACAAGCGCAGUCACACUGGAGAGAGGCCGUAUACUUGUUCUGAGUGUGGGAAGAGAUUUACUCAGUCAGCCAGCCUGCGGAAACAUCAGCGAGUUCACCAGGAACGACCGUGAUUAGAUUUUGUUGUCGAUCACAUCGAGGAGUGAACCCUGUUCAGUGGCAUCUGUUUCGAAUAAUUCUCAUGAACCUCAGCCAAGUUUUACAACUUAUAAUAUGUGUCACAGGAGUCAAAUAAAUCAGUUUGGUGUUAAACAUGCAGCGUGUCAAGUCUUUAAUGUUUCCAAUACAGGAAACUGCAGAAACAUUAGUGGGUCAGGCAACAUCUCUGGAAAGGACAAAAGCUGACAAGUGGAUCCUGGGUUCUCAAAAUUGAUGCUCCACAAUGACUCCACCCACAGCUCCAACUCCGAAAAGGUUAUCGAGUAGUUGCAGAUGGACACACUUCUUGCACACGUAGCCAUCAGGGACAUUGGAAGUGUCCCUUAUUUCCCACAUUGUGCAAGAUGGGGAUAUUACCACGCCAGGGAUAUGAGGUCUCCUGUCAUGUCUUCUCUCAAGAAUAUCCUAGUUCCUCCAUUGAAGAGAAUGUAAUUGAGCUGGGGAUUUAUCCCUCGUUUCAAACAUAAUUGAAAGCUCCUGUCUGUACUUAAGCUGAAUAUUACACUUCAAAAAUCUUGAAGAGAAUUCCCUGCAGGUAUCACUUAAUAAUUGGCUGUUUCCAUUGGGAUCGUGUCACUCUCUGAACUGCCAAAACUGAGACUGAGUACCACACUCAAUCUUUCAAGUUCACCUUCUCCCUCUCUCACCUCACUAUCUGUUUUCACCCAACUCCAAAGCACUCUCGUUGAGCCAAACAGCAUUCACAGUGCAGCGUUAUCAUUUAAGUUGUCUGCUCACAUCUGCUAUGACCACAACCUCCUGUACUGUUCCAAUACAGCUAAUUGGGAGCUCAGGGAACAGCAUUUCAUCUUUCAGUUCAGCCCUUUAUAACCCAAAAUACUCAACAUGGACUUCAGCAUAUUCAGGACAACAGAGUUGUCAGGAUCUGGAACAUUCCACCUGAAAGGGUGCUGGAAUUCCAGUCCAUAAGCAAUGUUAGAAGGAAGUUCUGUAGAAUUUUGAAAAUGAGGAAUUUAUAGUUAAAAUCAUAAAGUGGGUGAUUGGGACAAAAUAUGACAGUUCUUUCAAAGAGACAACAUGUUAUUGGAUAAAUCUGUGCCCCUUUCAGGCCAAUACCCCAAUAUUUCCUUCCUCAGCUGUAGACCCCAGAACUGAACACAUACACCAGGGGUGAUCUAACCAUGAGUUUAAACAUCUAGCUGCUUUUAGAGUUACAAACAUAGCGGAAUUAUUUUUCCUACAGACACAACAUACAAACCUUUUUCCUUCCACAGUUAAAUGCCAACGAUAUUCAGAUUCUGAUGACUCUUCUGACUGUCAGAACUUGUUUUGAGUUCCUGGUCUGCAAAUUCUUCUCAAUUUAUAUUGUGAAAUAAUCUUCAUAUUUUCACCCUUCAUUAUAUGCCAAUUACCUGAAAGUGGUGACCAAAAGUUGUGACAAUUUCUCUCUCCAAAUGAAGUAUAAUGGAAAUAAAUAAAUAAAUCUCUGUCAUCCUUUCCAGAAUGAAAAUUCUCCUUACCUCUGUAAUCUCUACAGCCUCAGAAUUCUCACAAUCUCUAUUAUCGACUUUAGCCUCAGAACUCUUGCUACAUUUGUAAAUUCUUCCAGCCACAACCACUGUCCCUAGCUGUGCAAUACCUCAAAACUCCCUAUCUUUGCAACCUCCUCCAUAUAUGACAAAACUCCCCUUCUCUGUAAUCUCCUUCAGCCUCACAAUCCUAACACUGUAACCUCCUCCAACUUCACAAACAUCCUAUCUAUGCAACCUCCUCAAGUCCCUACAAUACUCCUGAUCUCUAAUCUCCUACAUCCUCACAAACAUCCCUAUCUCUGUAAAAUCCUCCAGCCUCACAAUCCUUCCUAUCUCUGUAAUCCCCUCCAGCCUCACAAAUUUCCCAAAUCCAUACUCUUGUCUGGCCUCAUAACCCUGAUGUAUCUCUAAUGUCUUCCAACCUCAUAAAUCUCUGAAUAAAACAGAACAUCUUUUAUUGUCACAUGUACUUCUUUGUAGAAGUACAGGAAUAGAGUGAAAAUCUUUAACAAUGUAUGCCUCUUAUGACACCAUCUUAGGUACAAGUACCUCAGUAAAAAUCUUGGAUACAAAAAAGGAAUAAAAAAUAGUUGCAUUACUUUACAGAGUUUAAAAAGUAAGUUAGGAAUAAGACAUUGUAAAAGGAAUGACAUUACAAUCGGGUAAAAUUUUCAAAUAAACAUGACAUUGCAGCAGCUCAAUGCAGAACCUCUGCAUGUGGUCUGACUGUCUAGACCAACAGCUGUUCCCCCUCCACUCAAGCCUCCAGUCUGCUCGAUGCCAACACUCAGCUGCUCCAAGGUCAGUUGCAGGACUGCCUCCCCUGCACCGGCUUCUGCCUGGGACUCAUUGACCAUGUGCUGCACUGGGACUCACAGCAUACGCACUACUCCAAGACUCGCUGCCCACGCUGCUCUGUGACUUGCUCCCAGCCCCUGCUGCUGAUCCAGAAUUUGCCGCUGGGGCUAAGGGGAGGGAAAAUGAGAGAAAAAAAGAAAAAGAAAAAGAAAGAAAAACAACAGGCAGAGCAGAGGAACUCAGGCAGGAGUGUCUUACUCUGUCGCCAAUCUGCCAAAAAUUGGCAAGGCAUGUGACAAUUUCUGAAUGAACGCCAUCUAUCAGUUUGCUGACAACACCACUGUGGUAGAACGGAUAUCAAAAAACGAUGAUUCAGAAUAAAGAAAGGAAAUACAGGGCUUGGUGAAGUUGUGCAAUGACAAAAAAUCUCCCUCUCAAUGUCAGCAAACUAAAGAACUGAUCACUGACUUCAGAAAGCAAGGAGGAGAACACGACUCCACCUACAUCAAUGGAGCAGAGGUUGAGAGGGUUGAGAGCAUCAAGUUCCUGGAAGUGACAAUAACCGACAACUUGUCCUGGACUUC